CAACAUAGAAUAUCGCAACCGCCGCCAUCAUGUGGAUACACAUCGCAUUUUUAGUCCUUACCAUUGCUCAGCUGUGUGAUUUAGCCAUAUCUGCAGGUGAAGCAGAUUACACACUAGAUGAUUCUUUUUGGAAUGAAGAGAGUCCCGUUGGAGAAGUGGAACGCUUACUUAAGGAAUACAGGCAAAACCAAGAGCUGGUCCGUCGAAUCGGUGGGCAUUAUUACCAAAUUAUAUAUCCAGUACAGUUGCGCCAUCACGAGAAGAUGGGCAUAUCUACGCGUGAAGUCAGUGUGCCAAAGCCUGGCCAAAGACCGCGACCUCACGAUGAUAGUGGCUUUAACAGAGGAAGAACAAAGAAACACUUCCAUCGUACAUCGCUGCUAAUCAAAGCCUUUAACCAUAAAUUUCGCUUGGACCUGGAGCUCAAUUCGCAACUUCUCUCCCCGAAUAUACAGCAGAAACACUAUCACGUGGGCGGAUACCUGGUGGACGGCAACCGACAUGAUAUCGAGCACUGUUACUACCAUGGGACAGUCAAGGAUUAUCCAGGUGCCAGCGCCGCCUUUCACACCUGCAACGGUGUCAGUGGCGUCAUACACAUCGGAAAUGAAACAUUUGUUAUUCAUCCUUUCUAUGGCGGCGAUCUCUCGAAACAUCCCCAUGUCAUUUUUGAGGCAAGGACAAAGGCCAACAAGGGAUGCGCCAACUCCGGCAACCUGGACUCUUGGCGACUCUCGCGUCGCACCAAGCACCUGUCGGCGGGCGUGGCGGGCGUCAUCGAGGAGAUCCUACAGGGUGGCGCUGGGCGCAGCAAACGGGAUGUGAGAGAGGCCACCAAGUACAUUGAGACGGCCAUUAUUGUGGACAAGGCAAUGUUCGAUAAGCGUAAUGGCAGCACGCGGGCGGAGGUGAUCCACGAUGCCAUACAGGUGGCCAAUAUAGCCGAUCUGUACUUUCGCACCCUCAACACGCGUGUUUCGGUUGUGUAUAUAGAGACUUGGGGCAAAAAUCAGGCAGUUAUCGAUGGCAGCAAGGACAUUAGCAAGGCAAUCUCCAAUUUUAACGACUACACCUCGAGGAACCUCUUCCAAAUCGAACGGGACACCACGCAGCUGCUAACGGGCGAAACCUUUGCGGGCGGCGAGGCUGGCAUGGCCGUUCCCGAGACUGUCUGUACGCCGCGCGCUGUGGGCAUCAGCGUGGACGUCAAUGUCUAUGAGCCACAUCUAUUGGCCGGCACAAUGGCUCACAUGAUCGGCCAUAACAUAGGCAUGGGACACGACGAUGGACGAGAAGAAUGCUUUUGCCGUGACUGGCAUGGCUGCAUCAUGGCCCAGUCCAUUGUGGGCCAGGAGAAUGUCCAGCCAUACAAGUUUUCGGAGUGCAGUAAAAAGGAUUACAUUGAUGCCUUGCGCACUGGUCACGGUUUGUGUUUGCUGAACAAGCCCAAUGAGAUCGAGCUGCGUCGAAAUUGUGGCAACAAGGUGGUUGAGGAGGACGAGGAGUGCGACUGCGGCACCUUCGAGGAGUGUGCCCUGGACCAAUGCUGCGACGGCAUCACCUGCAAGCUCAAAUCGGAGGCUCAGUGUGCCACUGGGGCGUGCUGUGAACAGUGUCGGCUUCGGCCCAAGGAUUAUAUAUGCCGUGACUCGCACAAUGAGUGCGACCUUCCGGAGUAUUGCGAUGGCGAGGUGGGCCAGUGUCCCUCCGAUGUGUUCAAGAAGAACGGUUCCCCCUGCGGUCUCAGCAAGACUGGCAUAUCUGGAUACUGUUUUCAGGGAUACUGUCCCACGCUGAGCUUACAAUGUGAGGCCAUAUGGGGCUAUGGCGGAUCCGCCGCCGACAAGCAGUGCUACGAGCAAUUCAACUCCAAGGGCUCCAUCAACGGCCACUGUGGGCGGGAUGCCAAUGAGCACUACAUCAAGUGCGAGCCAGAGAACGUGCAGUGCGGCACACUGCAGUGCAAGGAGGGGGAGCGACAGCCGGUGAACGAUGGCAUCGAUCAGUUGUAUUCGCGGACGAUAAUCUCGAUCAAGGGCCAGGAAUUUGAAUGCAAGGCAACCAGCGGGCAAGUGGGCUCCAACAGCUACCCAGAGCAUGGCCUCGUCAAGGACGGAACGCCGUGCGGCGACAACUUAAUUUGUCUUAACCAAACGUGUGUCAGUCUCUUUCCCCACGUGGAUCAGACCAAGUGCCCCGCAAAUAAACAGGGUCAAGAGUGCUCAGAACACGGCGUCUGCACCAACACCAACCGGUGCUUCUGCGACAUGGGAUGGGGCGGCACCGACUGCAGCUCGGUCGUCCUGCUCACCACAGCACUGCCAACGGAAGCACUGCCCACGCCGGAGAACACAAUCAAAAUGGAGAAGAAAGAGACCCCAUAUGAGAACUACCACGGCUCAAAUACAGUGUUCCUAGUCGGUGUUCUAAUGUCAGUUGUAGGGUUCGUUUUUAUAACAUUCACCUUGAUGGCAUUGUGCUACAGGUCAGUUGUAGUACAUAGAAACUUCUCCCUGUGUCUGAGGCGAAAGACAACAACACUUAAAUAUGAUCCACCUUACUCGAAGAAACCAAUUGCGAAAAGCUACGGCGGAGCGGCAACGGCACCUAACCAUCAUUCCGUCGAAGAGGUCUCCCUGGAUGGAUCCAGCAAGUUGGUCUAUGCCAAUCAGACUGGCUUCAGGGACAAGAGCAUCCAUGGCCGUCGCUAUAAUACUGGUGGCGAGGACGAUCAGUCACAUGCAGAGAAGGGUAUAUUAAAGAAGCACGGCUACGGUCUGGUGCACGGUGAGCAGCUGAAAGACAAGUGGGGCGACGACAACCAAUCGGAGCUCGAGCUAGUCACCCAAGACGGCACCCUGGCCUCGACGAGCGGCGGCGGCGGAGGCGGCGGGGCAGCUGUCUCCGAGGUGGAGCGCACGCUGAAGUCCCUCAACGGCUACCACGAGGAUAUACUAGAGGCGUUGCGGAACGCCGCCACGCACCGGGGCACUGGGACCGGCAACACGCCCGUCGGCAGCGGUAGCCUCAGCGAGGAGAUGCUGCGCAAGACGCUGCAGGACUGCAACAACGCACAGCUGGGCUACUCCGCCGAGCAGUAUAAGCGUGCCAGUGGAUCCAAGUCGAGCUCGAGGGAGAAUAUCUGUGACAAUGCCGCCGUCCAUGCCAUUAUACUCGACGGCAGUGCGGCGGGGCUGAGUGGCCUGGGACUGGGGUCCAGUGUGGGCGGCGGCGGCGGCGGUUCGGCGGCCGCCAUGUCUGGCGGUAUGUCGCAUGGCACAGCACUGCUCCACCACCAUCGGUCGCAGCAUCAGCUGCAUCAGCCGUCGGCGAUGGCGUUGCAGCAGCAGCAGCAGCAGUCCCAGCAGCCGGACGAGGAUGAUGCUCCUUCGACCGGACCGCUGCGUAUACGCAAUUUGGAGGACCUAAUACGGCAGCUCGAGCAUCAUUCGUCGCGACACAUGAGCCCCAGCGGCUCCGAGGAUAUACGCAUGUCGGAGACAGACGCCGAUCGACACUAUAGAUUAGAUAGUUCCGCCGCUUGUAGUGAGUCAUCUCAAGGCUCCAAUCAGCAACUAGCACAAUCUCAGAAAACAGCUACAAUUCAUCCGUCUUACAGCAGUCGGUGUCGUCCCCGAUCCGAUGACGAGUCCAGAUUCACAUUCGGCGGACGCUACCGACAGCCGGCAGCCUCUUCGGGACGGCACGGGCCGCAUCAGUCCCACUCACCUCACGCAUUCGGACACCACACGCAUCACUCCCAUGCCCAUGGACAUGCCACGCACGGACCACACUCGUCGCAUCACUCCUCGCACACCCAUUUGCAUCAGGAAGAUGAGGGCAUUUAUGAGACCGCUGACCAGCAUGAACGCAAUAUAGGCGACGUUCGGCUCGACUGCCAGGUGACGCCAGAUAGUGAAAGUGAUGACUUUAUUCAAGCUCAACAACAGUUAGCCCGGUGGGCGAGUGAGGAUGUGGUAUCCGUCGUGGUAUUGGAUCAGCCGCCAUCCGGUACAAUGUCGGAUUCCCAACCAUACAGCGGCGCCGGACUCAUAUCGGCGGGGGCUACAAUGAACAACGUUAUGCACCAUCAGCAUCCGCAUCCGCAUCAGCACCACGGCGAUCAUCAUCAAUCCUCCGCAGCGGCAGCGGCAGCGGCAGCCAGCCACUCUAUGAUGGGUUUACCAAUCGUCCCAAAUGGUAUAAGUGCAACUCAGAGGGACUUUUAUCCCUCGCCGCCGUCAACGGAGACGGAAAGCAGUGGAAGUGCUAUCCAGCCGCCGCCGCCGCUCACACGACGCACAGACACGGCGGCACUAAGUCAGCAGCAGCAUCAGCAUCAGCAGCAGCAGCAGCAGCAGCAGCAGCAGCAAAUGCAGCAGCUUCACCAGCUGCAUCAGCAUCAGCUUCAGCAGCAAUUAGGCGAUACCAGCAGCAGCAACAACAGUCAGUCCGGACAGGUCAUCGAGAAUGGCUGUUACCCGGAAUAUAAGCAUUGAUAGAGUGUAUCCACUUUCGCACAUUUGCACAUCCGCCGCAUUUCGCGCAUAGAUCAAUGAUUACAGAUCUGAUAGACCUGAUCACUGGAUCACUGGAUCACUGGAUCACUGGAUCACUGGAUCACUGGAUCACCGGAUCACCUAUGCCAAACUCAGCCAAGUGUGUAGCUAGAUUUUCCGCUAAUAUUGGCAUUUGUAUCGAUCUUUAUAAUUACUUUAGCAUAGUUAUAUGCUUUGCUUCAGAUACACUCGUGUAUGGUGGGCAUACUUACAUUUAAUGGUAGACUUAAUGUAAAUGUGAAAGAACAAGUUAACGUUAAACAAACAAACAAAAAAAAAAAAAAAAAAAAAAAAAAAAGAAAACAGAGCGAAGCAAAAGCAAAGCAAAUGAAAUUAGUUUAAGUGAACAAAACAAAACAACAAGAGAAACCACAACAACAAUGAUGAGUAUUACUAUGUAUGAGUGAUAGAUACAUACCCACACACUACUCAUAGUUUUAUACACACACAACACACACACGAGACAAGGAAAGGUAAUAAUAAGUAAGAGAACAUCCAAAAUUUGUAUUCGUUGUAUUCUUGCUUACACAUAAUACAAUACAUAGAGACAUGCCUAACAGUGCAUACAUAAAAACGAUAGAAAAACGAUAGAAAAACGAGAGAAAAUAUAAGCAAAAUUGGGAUAUUAAUUUUUUGUAUACCUCGGACCAAAGCCAAUGCCACGUUCGAGUAGGAAAAAUAAAAGAAUAAAUCAAUUUAUUUGCAGAUGUACAUAAAUAAGACAAGCAAAAUGAAAGCAAAACAAAAAACAAAAAAAAACCAAAAAAAUGGAAACAAAAAACAGCAAAAUAAACCGAAAAAAAGCAAAAGAAAUGAUAUAUGUACGAUGAUAGUUAGUAAAUUUUACGACUCUUUGCAAGACGCAAGCGGGGAUCUUGAGUAUUUCCCUGGUCACGACGGACAAGCGGCAGGAAAAAUACAAUUGUGCACCGGGCCCAGCCCGGGCUUUAAAAAAAAACCCCCUUAUUGGGGCCAUCUUACACCGACUGAUAGAAAAAUUUUGGGCAAUAUUGCCAGUUCUCGUUCAAUAAUCUUUAAAAACUCAAAAAGUCAAAAAUGAAAAUUAAAGCGGAAAUAUUAACAAUCUGAAUGGUUAGGGUAUGAGUAUUAUUAAAUGUAUGAAUAUGAUUACACAUAAAAUUAAGUAUAAAGAUAAUGUUAAUUUAAAAGGUUUGGAAAUAUCAGUAAUAUUGUAUCGUAUUGUACCGUAAAAUUAAGCCAUUUAGAAUGAAACGUACGAAUUAAAUGA